AGGGAGAAUUACGAGGAGUCCGAGUGGUGUUCCAUGGCACAGCUCGAAGUUCAGCUCAAGGACAUCGAGGCACAGCUGGACUCACAGUUUGGCGAGGAAAACAAUGCACAAACUAGUGGUGCCACGGAGCAACCAGAAGAGAAUGGAGUUGACUCUGCAACUGAUGACUCGGAGGAUGAAGACCCAGACGAACUGUACUGCGUGGCCUGUGACAAGUGCUUCAAAUCUGACAAAGCAUUUGCCAACCACGAGAAGUCUAAGAAGCACAAGGAAAACGUGCAGUUCCUCAAGGAGGCAAUGCAGGAGGAGGAGGCACAGUUUGCUGGCACAGCAGCUCAGCCUGAAGAAGUUAAAGGUCAAGAUGCCGAAAGUCAAGAUGCCACUGCGGAAGGUCGAGAUGCGGGAGACAGCAUGGAAACAAAGCCACCGAAAACAAAACAUAAAAAGAAAUCUCGAAAGUAAAAAUUCAUUCAAAUUUUGAGAACAUCAUG